AUUCCUUUCUUUCCUGAUGACCCCAUUCAGUCCAACAUGACAUUUUCUUUAAGUUCGUAAACACUUGACAGUGGUUUGUUUUGUUUGGACCUUUUUCGAGCACAGGUCUGUAAAGAGGCUGGGCCUUUACUUCAGGUGGACUCUCAAUAGAGACAAGUGUUUCCUUUGCUCAGCAAAUCCAGUGAGUUUACACUUGCAUUUUAAUCAGCUCCAAACCAGUGCUGGGGCCCCGCAAACCCCAACAGCCUAUCCAGGAUCCUGGCCCAAAUAUACUCUCCACAAGCCGGCUUUUGUCCCUCUAACGGCUCUGUUUGUGUUCACGUCCGUGGUUACUGUGGGAAGACCAGUAUUGUUGGGUUAAUUUUGAUUUGCUUGUGCGUGUUGUGCGGUGGCCCCGUGCCACGUGGGGAGGGAACACUAAACUCCUGGCUCAGAGAUAGUGCAAAUUAACAUGUUUUGUCAGUGCUGAAUGCUGGACAGCCCUUGAAAAAGAGAUUGUUUACAUUCAGAUGGUGGCCACCCGUUGCCGGCUUUCUGUUCCCUCCUGUUUUCCGAUCACUGAAGAGACAUGACCCAUUUAAAUGGUUGUUUACUUGCAUUAGAAGAAGAGCCAAAGCACUUCUCAAUGAACUCUUGUCUACAAUUCAAUUAGAGUGGCCUUCCCAGUAGCACAGUUUUCCACAUGAGACAAUGCUGUUUCCAGCCCUGCCACAGCAGGGCAGAAUAUAGAGGGGCAAGGACAGCAGUUUUUGACCAUCAACAAGUCAUUCCAGUGGAAAACCCAGAAUCGGGUUUGGGACAAACAAAACUAUUGAUGUCUCAGGGUUUGGUUAAACUGCAAUACCAGAAAACCAAAUCACUCAUAAUAAUCUGACCGAGAGCUGUGAAGAAAAUGUUAAGGAUAGGUCAAUCUAAACAAGCACAAUUUAUUAUAGAAAGUUAGAUUUUUGUUUUAAGGUCAAUGUAAAUGCAGAUCAAAUUAAUCCAGAAUAAGUAUUUAAGUGGUUUUGUAAUGAAAUAUUGCCCUACUAACCCAAAGAUGAUGAUGAUGAUGCUGAUGUUUAGAGGUAGAAAUGACCUAGUUGUCCAGAGUCAAUAUUUGUUUAAAACCUGAUCAAAUCUAUGUUUGGUUGUCUCGAAUGUUUGACCAUUGAGUGUCACAAUCUUGGUUUGCCUCCAAUGGGCUGAACGAUCACUGCAUACAAAGUAAUGUGUAAAAUUGAGAAUAAUUAAUCAGAUUAGACUUGAGUGGCUUCAUGAUACUGCCCUGUAAUUGACUGGGCUAGAGCUGAACAACAUCGAUGUUUACCACAGUACAGUGUUAUUUAAGGUCAUCUUUAAGCCACACACUUUCUUCUUUGUGUGUGUUUGUGUUUGUGCACACUGGUGUUUGUGUGCGCAGUACAGUUACAGUGUGGCAUCUGGGUCAGCCACAGACGAGAGUGACAAGUUCAGACAGGACAUGUGCUUAUAGCUCAUCAACCUUUUAAUGAUUCACUUGAUCUCUACGUUUAGAUUGUUUGUUUGCGUAGUUUUUCCGUCAGUACGUAAUCAUUUUGUUCAAGCUUAAUGAUUUGUCUGAUGGCAUUUUCAAUUGGCUUCAAAAAAGGCAACAUUUGAUUAUUAGAAUGAAUAUCGACAACUUGGUGUUAAUAAUUGAAUCUUAGACCGAUCCAUGACUUAAAUUUUCUAAAUUAUGUCUUCCAUUACAUUUUUUAUGUGAAAUGAAUCUAUGGCGGUUGACUCUGGAACUGGUUGGUCUUGUUUGUCUUCUCUGUCUGGGAGGGCCACACAGCCCUGAUUCACUCAGUUUCUCUAGAGUCACGAUUAGACAAAGACAGUUAUUAACCUUGUCGUCAUGGUGCUGACAUAUACUCAUUAAAGCUGAUUCCUGGCGUCACAAAUCUAAUAAACCAUGCAAUGUGAUACUGUAAAGGAGUCAAUAUACUAUUUACGCUCACAUCAGUUGCAUCACUAGAAGACAGUAACUGUUAUAUGGGAACAAGGCAACUCCUCAGACUUGGUCUAAAUCAGAUUAAAAUUAUACUUUUUGUCCCCUAAAACCAUGAGAUUUGCUCUUUUCAGUUAUAAUUUUAUUUGUCAAGGACAUUGUAGGUCACUAUUUAAAAUUCAUUGUUCUUCCAACUAUGUAUUGACCUCUUUCAGAGACUGGUUGUUUCUAGCGAUCACUACCAAAUGAUGUUUUACAUCAGUAAAUAUGUUGCAGUCUUUUGAAUGAGGUUUAUGCUUUAAAACUCAAAGUUUAAAGAGAAACCUUGUUCACAUUUUGUCAACCUGCCAGAUGCUUGAUGUUGAGUCUUGGCUCUUUUUGCCAAAUAUUGAACUAGAUGCUGUUUUAUUCUACUUCAUCCAUUGAGAUGUUAUUUUAUUUCCUUGAAUGUUCCACAGUAUAGCAUUAAUAUGGUCUUUUCUUCUUGGAGAUGAGCAAUGAUGUCGCCAAGCCAAGUUACAGAUCAGAUUUGUGGAGAGGCAAUGCAACCCUACUUGCUGUAAAAUGCAUGUUUUUCAAGUGUGAAAUAAGAAUGUGUAUAUGAAUACAGGCAAAGUUUAAUGCCUUACUGGAAAAUUCUAAGCAAAGCAAUAUCUUGUAGACAAACAGGUCACAAAUCUGUCACCAGAUACAAUACAUCUGUACCAUAAAGCCUUUUGAGAAAUCAAAUCACCUUUUAGGUCUUUUGUAAUUUUAAACUGAAGGGAUUGGGUUGACAUUGCUAAUGAGUCAUUUUACCUCCUGAAUCAGUCAAUAUUGCGUCAUUUUUUCCAUUCAUCUUUGUAUUGGACCUUGUACUGUAAUGUUACGAGCCAGCAGCCAUUACAAACUCAUUUUAUUCAUGCCAGAUUAAAAUAUAUACACUUUAAUGUUGUAUGUCUUUUUCCUCACAAACAUUUGGCUAACUAUGGCUAUGCUAGAGAUUUGGUACAUUUGUUGUAAAAAUGUUUCUUGUUAACCUCUAAUGUUUGCAGGUUGGCCCUCACGACUCCCAGACAGUUGCGAGCUCUGGCCCCAUCAUCGCAGAGGUUGUGGAGCACAGUGGAGGAUACGUCCCUCACCUUAAGAACUCCCCCCAUUUGAGAGUGAGGCGGGGGGAGGGAGGAGGAGGCGAGCUGCUAAACCCACCCGGAGCAUGGGGCAGAAAGUCCCCGGUGGCAUCAAAACCAUUGACAUGCGGGACCCGGCCUUCAGCCCUCUGAAGCUGGAGCUGCAGGCACUGAACCACACCAAACCUGCGCGGCUGGACCUGCUGCUGGACAUGCCCCCUGCUGGCCCUGACCUGCAGGUGCAGCACUCAUGGAACAAUGACGAUCGCUCCAGGAACAUCUUUGUGAAGGACGACAACAAGCUGGUAUUUCACCGGCACCCGGUCGCCCAGAGCACGGACGCCAUCCGGGGCCGUGUGGGCUAUACCCGUGGACUGCACGUAUGGGAGAUCAGCUGGGCCAUGAGACAGAGGGGCACCCACGCUGUGGUAGGCGUGGCCACCAGCGAAGCUCCUCUGCACUCCAUGGGCUACACGGCUUUAGUCGGGAGCAACACAGAGUCCUGGGGCUGGGACCUGUGCCGCAGUAAACUGUACCACGAUGGGAAAAACCAUCCCGGGAAAACUUACCCUGCUUUCUUAGAGCCUGACGAGACUUUCAUCAUCCCGGACUCUCUGCUCGUGGUGCUGGACAUGGACGAGGGAACGUUAGGAUACAUCGUGGAUGGACACUACCUGGGCGUGGCCUUUAGGGGUCUCAAGGGCCGCAAACUCUACCCUGUGGUCAGCGCCGUGUGGGGCCAUUGCGAAAUACGCAUCCGCUACAUCAAUGGGCUUGACCCUGAGCCCCUCUCCCUGAUGGACCUGUGCCGGCGUUCGGUGCGGGUGGCUUUAGGAAAGGAGCGCUUGCCUGAGAUCCACAGACUGCCCUUACCCGCUGCUCUCAAGAACUACCUGCUCUACCAAUGAUGGCGCCCCCUGGUGUCCUGUCUCUGGGGUCUUGUCCAGCCACACAACACGCCCGCAGCUCUGAGUCAUGAGUGAUUCAGACACACAUGCUCCUGUCAUUUCUUAAACUUGUUUUUAUGACUUCAACUGUCUUCGAACUUUCUUCAAAUCAGGAAUCACUGAACUCUAUGCACAGACCUGACAGACCAAGCUGAGUUUUGGUGAAACAUGUUGUUUGCACGUUGAUGUGACAUAUGUGAUCGGUACCUCUGCUGUGAUUAUGUCUAAUGUAGCCUUUUUUAAAAUUACGUGUCUGGGUUGUAUUAAAAAUAAAUUUGUGUAGGGGAAAUUUAAACUUUGUGGUUUUAGGACAAUGGAGGUGCACUGCCAGUAUCUGACCACACAGUGGCAGCACAUUCCCUUUUUCCACUUUCAAAUCAAGGAUCAAUAGUAGUUAGAGGAUUUGUGGUUUUUAUUAAGUGACUAAAUAAUGAUAUUAAACUGCUCUUAUAGGAUCUAUAGUGCAGUGUUGAUAAUACACUGAGAGGAGAAGAGGCUCCCAAACGCACAGCAUGGUCAGAUUUCAUCAUAUUGAGAUGAGGGGUUGUUAAGCUUUGAGAAAGGAACGUCGUCAGCCAAAUCGAAGGAUACUGUCACUGUGAUUAUUGUAGCAUGCACCUGCAGGAAAUCUCUCAGUGCACUCAAUACAAUGUCUUACGUUCAUCACUCCUAUGUUUAUUUGUACAGUAGUUUACACGUAUGCCACUGAGACCCAGAACCUUCUGUCAUAUUUGUUCCACAGUUGUGGAGGAGCAGACUGGAAUCAAUAUAUAAUGCACAAAUGAUUAUACAACGCAUAACAAAUAUGUAUUAAGAUAUCUUAGAUAUUUUAAGAUGACAAAACUUUGAAGUGUGUGUGCCUGAGUUGUUUUCUUUAACAUUUUUCUCCAUGUUUACAGUAUUGAUUUUUAUUUUAUUUUUUCAGCUUCAUAAAUUGUCCAGAAAUUUUGUUUAUGGUUCAUACAGUGUUUUCAUUGCAUUUGUGCAGCGCUUUUAAAUCUUAAGUUUGUAAUUGAUUUGCUACUGUCAGAACUGGGAGUGUGCUGUAGGGAAUAAAUGCCCUCCAAUGGUAUGUAACAGAACCACAUUUACUAUAUAGUGUGCUAUCUAUAGUGAAUAACUCUAAGUUCUGGGUCUCUGUGGCUUAUAGCUGACAACCAUUGAUGUUGUGUGUUUUCUGGUAUGUAACAUGGGACUGGUUCAAAUGUAUGUAAAGGUGUGGUGUCUUGGGGGAAUGUGGAAAGUCAAAAGGCACCAAAUUUGAGAAGACAAUCCACAAAAAGUGCACAAAUAAAAUAAACAAGGUCUUAUUGCCAAGAUAUUGUGACACGCCAUAUUCCACGCCUGUCAAAGUUAGUCUUUUUUUUUUUAUGUGCAAAUGUAGUCCUGAUUCUGUACUGAAAAUGGACUUCUGUGCCACACCUUUCUUUCCUUGCUUGCAAUUUUCAUUUUAUUUGUAGAAUUGUUUUAAAUAUCUAUUAAAGUAUAUUUGAAAUUAUUAAAA